UUAUAUCGCAUCCAUUAUCCCGAUUUAUAACCCGAUUUAGUUUUACAGGAAAACAACACAGCGAAGGCAAGAAAAUAUGCUGUAUCUGGAAGAUUAUAUUGAAUUGAUCGAGCAGCUGCCUCAAGAUUUAAGAGACAGAUUUACAGAUAUGAGAGAGCUGGAUCUAAAAGUUCAAAAUACUAUUGAUACACUUGAUACUCGAGUACGAAGAUUUUUCUCAGAUGCAAAGAAGUCAAAACCUGAAGGUUUAGAAGAAGAAUACAAAACGAUUCAUACAUCUUAUAAGCAAGCAUUAGAUGAUGCUGAUGAAAAAGUUUCGAUGGCUUCUCAAAUCUAUGAUUUGGUUGAUAGACAUUUGAGAAAACUUGAUCAAGAGCUCACUCGCUUUAAAAUGGAACUUGAAGCAGACUGUUCUGGAAUAACUGAAAUACUGGAACGUCGUUCGAUGGUGUACAAUGAAGACACAUCAUUAGACGCACUGUACAAUGCUACAUACAACCAUUCUUCCAAUACAGAAGCUAACCAGAAACGAAAGUUUGGCGACAUAGAACGAUUGUCAACAGCGUCACUUACGAAUGGGCUUCCUGAAAAGUCGUUUCCGUCUAUAUACCCUUUAGGUACAACAUACCCUCUUACCAAAUCUUCAAGCAUAUCACAAUCUAUUUCACAUGGCGCUUCAACCAAAUCCAGCAGUCUAGCUUUAAAAGGAUCAUCGGCGAGUCUGCUAUCUAGCACGAAAUCGUUUAUCAACGAGAACAUGAAGGAACAAGGUCGAGGCGUGCAAGCAAGUUUGAAGGCAAUGACUGCUGCGCAGAAGAAAGCUGAGCAGCUUGGCAAUAGUCUUUCGAUGAGUGGUCUGUUAGCUCCAGCAGCACCAAAACCGACGUCAUCUUCCUCCUCUUCUUACGUGGAUGUGACUGGCAACAGCUUUUUAACGUCCACACCUUCUGUUUCAUUAUCUCAGAAACACUCGUUGCAGAACCGAACACAAAAGUCUGGCGGGAGGAGAGGGCACAAAACAAUUUCUUCUACUCAGCAGUCGGAUAAGAUUUAUCCAGAACCUUCACUGGACUGGGUUCCAGAUCCUAACGAGCCAACAUAUUGCUUAUGUAACCAGGUUUCGUAUGGUGAAAUGGUUGGAUGUGACAAUCACUCGUGUCCUAUUGAAUGGUUCCAUUAUGGCUGUGUUGGAUUAACGGAUGCUCCAAAAGGCAAGUGGUACUGUCCGGACUGUAGCGCUCAAAUUAAGAAAAGAAGAAUAAGGUGACCAAAGACGUCAAAUAGUAUCGUUUGUUUUAGUGCUAUCAUCACAAAUAUGGCGGCUACGCAGCGAAUGUUUUGAUGUUAUUAGAUCACGAAAUUACUUGUACUUAUUACUAUUUUAUUUAUAAAACAACUUAGAAAAGUGUGUCUUGUUGAAGACGAAAUGUAGAAUAAGUAUAAAAAACAUUUUCAUGUUACUUCUAGCAUA